GUUAGUUGGCAGCAGUCAGCAGCAGGUGACGGGAGAGGCUCCAUGUCCAUGUCCCGCCUCUCAUGACUAUUUCAUCGCGGACACAAAGCCUCCGUCCUCCAGUCGGUGUCCGUCCCCAGCAGACCACCCGCCCCCGCCUCUCCUCGCUCUCCUGCCGGCCUCUCCUCGUCUCUUUCCCAGGAUGAGCGCGGACGGCUGCUUUCUGUCCGCCUUGCCGCCCAACUCCUCCCGGACGGCCUACGUGGUUCCCUCCGAUGGUCUGUGCUCGGACGCGGGGGCCAAGGCCCGGAGGGUCCAGGAGCAGGUCCGACUGCGACUGGCCGAGAAGAAGUCCUCGUCUCUGCCCAGGCUGGAGGACUCCUUGUUCGGAUCAACAGCAUGUCCAGAGUACACCCUCCCGGCUGCAAGAGGCUUCAGUUCCAGAUCAAUGAUACACACGCCGAGCCGCGUCAUGGCUGUAGCCACGAUGCCUUCCUCGGGGUUCUCCUCCCGCUCUGCUGUGGAGCCGUCCUCCCGGGUCAGAGCCAGCGUGGCCCAGGGCAGCUUCCAGUCCACGCAGACUCACAGCAGAAGCAGACGCACCAAGUCGCUGUGCCAGGCGGAUCACGGCGGGCCUCUCCUGUCCGUCAUGGUUCCCUCGGAGAACGUCCCGCCUCCCUCCGGCACUUUGAGGCGCACCCUGAGCGGGACCCUGGCCCAGGGGCGGGGCUACUGGCAGGAGGAGGAGGCACCGCCGCCGCUCCACUUCACCUACAAGGGCCCCUCCCACCGCACCAUCAGCCGCAUCACCAACCGCCAGCAGCAGCACAACUCCGGCUACGGCCAGGACGGGUGGGACGGAUGGGCGGGGUCGCCACGAGGGAACGGAUGGGCGGGGUCGCCACGAGGGAACGGCUGGGCGGCGUCGGCCCGAGCGGACGGCUGGGCGGGGCCGCAGUGGCACGUGCCGAGGACCAGCCUCAGUUCGGGGAUGGGCCAGUACCAAUCCAUGCAGCAUGCCGCCUCCAUGCAGCGGGGGUCCGUGCAGCGGGCCUCCAUGCAGCGGGCGCCAUCCCUACGCAGCGUCAGGAGCGUCGGGAAGGGGAUGGACGUCAUGGAUGGAGCGUCCAUACACAGCAACGACCAUCUGGAGGGCAUGCAAGGCCUGGACAUGCACACGGCCGUCAGGUAUUUGUCCGAGCCGGACGCCGCCUUGCAGAUCCUUGGUGCCGCCUACAUUCAACACCAGUGUUACCAUAGCAACGAUGCCAAAAACCAGGUCCGAGUUCUGCAAGGUAUUCCCGCUCUGGUCCAACUUUACCCAAGCGAGAACCUGGAAGUGCAGCGUUUUGCCACCGGCGCCACGCGGAACAUCAUCUACGAGAACGCGGACAACAAGGCGGCGCUCAUUGACGCAGGGGGCGUGGCCCGUCUGGUCAGCGUCAUGGGCGAGCCUGACGAGGAGCUCCGAAAGAACAUCACAGGCGUUCUGUGGAACCUGUCGUCCAGAGACAACCUGAAGGAGAAACUGUGCAGAGAAGCUUUGGGUGACCUCAGCAACAAAGUCCUGAUUCCUCUCUGUGGGAGCAUCCCGCUCAGCCCAUCUGAGAAGGACGUCUUCAGCAACGCCACAGGUUGCUUCAGAAACCUGAGCUCAGUGAAUCAGAGGACCAGAGAGAAGAUGAGAGACACUUCAGGUCUUGUGGACUCUCUGGUCUCCUACAUCCAACAGGAAGUGAGUGCGGAGGACAAGGGGUUGGAGAACUCCCUGUGCAUUUUGAGGAAUCUGUCCUACCAGCUGUACUCAGAGCUCCCGACCUCAGUCCGAAUUCGCCUGGAGGGUCCGACGAGGGGCUCGGCCCCCAGGAACAGCGAGGCCAUUGGCUGCUUCACCAUGUACAACAAGAAGAGCUCUGAGCAACAGCGCAAUCAGAGUCUGGCCAUCCUGUCCGAGGUGUCCCGGGAGCCGAGGGGCGCGGAGUGGCUCUGGCACCCCAAGGUGGUGGCCCUGUACAAGCAGGUUCUGCAGAACAGCGAGAGCAGCUCCAUCAGCAAAGAGGCGGCCAUCGGAGCCCUGCAGAACAUCACGGCGGGGGACGGCAGGUGGGCGUCAGUGCUGAGCAUGGUGGUGCUGGAGCAGGAGAGGAUGCUGCCAACCCUUUUGGACCUGUUAGACACCCAGAACGAGGCGGAGCUGCGACCUCUGACCGCCCUGCUGAGGAACCUGGCCAGACACGCCCCCAACAAGGACCUCAUAGCCAAGAACAUGGUCAACGUCCUCGUGUCCAAGCUGCCCGGCGACGGCCUCCAGAAGACGCCGUCCAGCGAGGUGGUGGUCAACAUCUGCGGCGCCCUCAACCACCUGGUCACCUGCAGCUCCUUGGCAGCGCGCGACAUCUCGUACUUCAACGGCCUCCCGAAGCUGGUGGGCAUCAAGUCGUCCCAUGACAACAGCUCCGGAGGUCUCAAGGCUGCCAGAGCUGCUUCCACUGUCCUCUGCAACAUGUUCCAGUACAGCAAGCUGCACAAAGACUACAAACUGAAAGGAUUCGCUCGUCGGGACUUUGCUGACGCCGCCAUCUAAAAGCGCUCGUUUGAGUCGUCUCUGCGUGCGAACGGACAGGAGGAAGCGAGAUGAUGAUCCAAACGUGACGUAAACACAGGAAACUAACUAACUAAAUGUGGAUCCAAGCCAACAGAACCGUUUUGUUUUUGUUUUUUAACCGGACUGAGGAUACCUUUUUCAAACCACUCUUAUUGUUUUUAAAAAGGUCAAACAUCUACUACCUGUUUUCCACUACAGCACUCAUGCUUCCAUACUUAUGCUUAGCAUUUGAAGUGUUUAUUAUGCAGUGCACUCACCACACCAAACGUUUGGAGCUUAACUACACUUAAUUGUCGCCAUGUUUGUUCCAUAGCAGAAAGGGGAGGGAAGAAGUCAUCCGUUAGGAACACAUCCGCACGCUCAGGAAUGAAGUAGACAGUGUACAUAGUAUUACUGACGUCAUUACUCGCUAAAACACAUAGACAUGUUAUAAGUAGACGCAGCAUUGGCUGCUGUGACGCGAGAAUUUGGGCCGCCAUCUUGAAGUGGUGAUUAGGAUCCGGCGAGCAGCCUAAACUGACAGUUAACAGGUAAAAAACAAAGAUGCUUGGUCCUUCAAUGAGGUGGCGACUUGUCCAGGGUGUACCCCGCCGUCCGCCCGAUUGUCCGCCAGCGCCCCCCGCUACCCCAAAGGGAAUAAGCGGUAGAAAAAUGGAUGGAUGGAAAACAAAGAUGGUGUUGAGCGGACUCUUUGUAAAUACGAAUCAGGAGAUUACUUUUCACAAGAUUUAACAUCAACGUACUAUUGGUUGUAUUUUGUUUAAAGAAUAUUAGCACAAAGUAUAAGACAAUACUUUCUCAACAGUAUAGUUGUAACCAGGAAUAAGUCUUCAAGUAACAAUAUUCAAAUACUAACCUUGUUGGGUGAGACAGAAUUUGGUUUUAUUCUGAAUCCAGUGAAACAGAUUGGUGGUUUUAGCGGGUAUAAAGACUUUCAGGUGUUUAUAUAUGUUUAUGUUUAAGUAUUUAGCAGACGAUUUAAUCCAAAGCGACAUACAUAAAAAAUACAUAUAAAACAAUCACUGUAAACAUGAUCAUUUAAGGCAGGGGUCUCCGACACGCGGCCUGCGAGACAUUAUUUUGUGGCCCCCACCUUAGUAUGAAGGUAUAAUGUUUGUGCUAUGAAUGGUGCUUGACAGCGUUGUGUUAUUUGGGUCCAAAAUAGCUCUUUCAACAUUCUGGGUUGCCUACCCCAGCAUUACUGGAAAAGCGGCAAAUGAGUGAAAGCGUCAGAAACGUUGCCAUGAAGACAAGGGUUUUCUUACGUGCCUUGCUGCAGUUAAACCGCACACCUGUCCAUCAGUAAUAACAGUCCCCGAUAACCUGGACCAAUUCAAACUGAUAUUUGUUUUUUUUAUUGUUUAAUUUGCAUUGCCUCACACAAUGAACACCAAAUAUAUUUCUUUAUGACGCCGGAUAACACUGCAGGAGCCGUCACUUUUUUGCGCUCGCUAUCCUGGUGCUUUCCCGGCUGUUAUCCACUGACUGCCGUGUUGCUGUAGGGAGGAAAAGAGGAAGGACACACAUUGCAGAAAUAACAUUAUUCGCGGCCCGCGAGACAUUAUUUUGUGGCCCCCACCUUAGUAUGAACGUAUAAUGUUUGUGCUAUGAAUGGUGCUUGACAGCGUUGUGUUAUUUGGGUCCAAAAUGGCUCUUUCAACGUUCUGGGUUGCCUACCCCUGCAUUAGUGGAAAAGCGGCAAAUGAGUGAAAGCGUCAGAAACGUUGCCAUGAAGACGAGGGUUUUCUUACGUGCCUUGCUGCAGUUAAACCGCACACCUGUCCAUCAGUAAUAACAGUACUCGAUAACCUGGACCAAUUCAAACCGUUAUUUGUUUUUUUAUCGUUUAAUUUGCAUUGCCUCACACGAUGAACGAUGAUGCCGGAUAACACUCUGGGAGCCGUCACUUUUUUGCGCUCGCUAUCCUGGUACUUUCCCGGCUAUUAUCCGCCGACUGCCGUGUUGCUGUAGGGAGGAAAAGCAGAACGACACACAUUGCAGAAAUAACAUUAUUCUCAGUGCGUGGGCUGAAUACAAAUAUAUUCCACAACCCCAAACAUGUCUUUUUCAAAGCCUGCAGUGAAGAAAAAGCUUAGUGAUGAGCAAAGACAAUUCCAGAAUAAGUGGGAGAUGCAAUAUUUCUUAGUUGAGCACAGCCCCCCGACGUGUCUUAUUUAGGGGCGGUAUAGCUCGGUUGGUAGAGUGGCCGUGCCAGCAACUUGAGGGUUGCAGGUUCGAUUCCCGCUUCCGCCAUCCUAGUCACUGCCGUUGUGUCCUUGGGCAAGACACUUUACCCACGUGCUCCCAGUGCCACCCACACUGGUUUAAAUGUAAUUUAGAUAUUGGGUUUCACUACGUAAAGCGCUUUGAGUCACUAGAGAAAAGCGCUAUAUAAAUAUAAUUCACUUCACUUCACAUUUAGCACAGAGAAAGUUGCGGUGCAUGAGGGAUACAAUUUGAAACGUCAAUAUACAACUAGAAAUGCUGAAGAGUAUGCCAUUUUUUUUUUAAAGAAAUAUUUUCUUGCGGCCCAGCCUCACCCAGACUCUGCAUCCAGUGGCCCCCAAGUAAAUUGAGUUUGAGGCCCCUGAUUUAAGGGAAGAAUGUAAUAGAAAAUAUCAAUACAAAGUGUCAAGACAGAAUCAACUCUCUGCUGCUGCAGCAACAGAGAUACAGUCUAUAGGUCACCAAGAUAUAAAGAUAUCUAAUGUAUUCAUACUUUAUUUAUGUAGGAUAUACGCAUGUUUAUUUAUAUAACCUAUUCAUAAUGUUUCUUCAAUUUAAAAAAUAGCUGACUGUUUUUCCCCCCCUUCACUGGGAUUAUAUUCCCAGUUUUGAUCUCAGACGUCUGAGAAUAUUCUAUUACUGUUAAAGGCCUACUGAAAGCCACUACUACCGACCACGCAGUCUGAUAGUUUAUAUAUCAAUGAUGAAAUAUUAACAUUGCAACACAUGCCAAUACGGCCGGUUUCGUUUACUAAAUUGCAAAUUUAAAUUUAGCUCGAAUUAUUCUGCUGAAAACGUCGUGGUAUGACGCGUGCGCGUGACGUCACAGAUUGUAGUGGACAUUUUAUUCCAGCACCCGAUCCCAGCAAUAAGUCGUCUGCUUUAAUCGCAUAAUUACACAGUAUUCUGGACAUCUGUGUUGCUGAAUCGUUUGCAAUUUUUUCAAUUAAUAAUGGGGACGUCAAAGAAGAAAGAUGUAAGUGGGAAGCGGUGUAUUGCGGCCGCCUUUAGCAACUCAAACACAGCCGGUGUUUCCUUGUUUACAUUCCCGAAAGAUGACGGUGAAGCUUUACUAAGGAACAGAGCGGUCAAGCGAACAUGGUUCCCUACCACAUGUCAACCGGCAGGUUUCGGUGAGAAAAUGAUGGUAAUAAGUCGGCUCUUACCGUAGACAUGAGCGGAGAGCUUGCAUCGUUCCUCCUGCAGCUGCGGACUCUCUUGCCUCCUCCCACCGGCCGCCUUCGACCGUUGGAUGCUUACACAGUGGAGGGAAAAAAUAAAUACAUCUCAGCCCGGCUGCCUGUGCCUCGUCGAGAAACGUGGCUUCCCUCUGAGACACUGCCGGUCACCACACCCGUGGCCACACCCCUCCAACUCUCAGGUUGUACAGGUACGACCAUAUAAUCUCACUAAAACACUAGUAACACAAUAAGCAGAUAAGAUAUUUUCCAGAAUUAUCCUAGUAAAUGUGUCUAAAAACAUCUGAAUUGCUCCCACUGCCCUCUGGUGAAGUGAAGUGAAUUAUAUUUAUAUAGCGCCUUUUCUCUAGUGACUCAAAGCACUUUACAUAGUGAAACCCAAUAUCUAAGUUACAUUUAAACCAGUGUGGGUGGCACUGGGAGCAGGUGGGUAAAGUGUCUUGCCCAAGGACACAACGGCAGUGACUAGGUUGGCAGAGGCGGGAAUUGAACCCGCAACCCUCAAGUUGCUGGCACGGCCGCUCUACCAACCGAGCUAAACCGCCCCACUUUCCUCCUCCACGAAUCUUUCAUCCAUGCUCAAAUUAAUGGAGGAAUCGUCGCUUUCUCGGUCCGAAUCGCCCUCGCUGCUGGUGGCCAUGAUUGUCAACAAAGUGAGGAUGUGAGGAGCUCCACAACCCGUGACGUCAUGCGCACAUCGUCUGCUACUUCCGGUGCAGGCAAGGCUUUUUUAUUAGCGACCAAAAGUUGCGAACUUUAUCGUCGAUGUUCUCUACUAAAUCCUUUCAGCAAAAAUAUGGCAAUAUCGCGAAAUGAUCAAGUAUGGCACAUAGAAUGGACCUGCUAUCCCCGUUUAUAGAAGAAAAUCUCAUUUCAGUAGGCCUUUUAAGCAAACUAUAAAUAAUAAAAGACGCCAAAACAUGUUUUCUUUAUCAUAGCUACACGCAUGACAAAAAAAGCAUGUGAAAAUCAUUGGCAUUCAGUGUGGUAAGAUGAAUUAAAUGUGCUGGCAGCUCAUUGCUCCUGACAAAUGAAUUGCACAGAGUGGAGCGGUUCACCACUCCAAGAUGGCGGCCCCGCGUCUCGUUAGCGUCUACUUAUCAGAUGUCGAUGCUAAGACAUGUCUUUUUUCCUCUGGGCGACUGAACCAUGCAGUGUGCAUGUCGGGCCACUAGAGGGCAGUGUCAUACGCACCAAGGAGUGUAUUAUUAGGAAAGUGAACAAGUCGACUAAAGUGUUGUUUGCAAGUGUGACGGCGAACUGGAGAAUGUAAGUAUUGACGAGGCAAAUGUUUAACAACUAACUGGAACAUGUUUGUUAAGAAAAAAAAGUUAGCGCUUUAAACUUUAAGCGCUCUAUUGGCGUCUUUUAGUGCGUCGGCAUUGUUGUGUGACGUCACGUCUGAGUCAGCAACUUCUGAGCUGAUUUCUAUCAACUCCCCCCCCGAGGUUAAUCAUUUACACUUCUCACUUUGUUUGGACUGUAUAAGAGUCGGAAAGUAAUUUACUAAUUAGUGUCCGCCUUCAGAAGUGAGAAGGGGUGACGUCACUUAACAAAACUAACCAAACUCAUUGAUAACUGUCCUGACGCCAUUUUGUUGUACAUCAUCCUUAACAUCUCCAUCAUCUAAAGUCCUGCUUGUGUAGUUGUAUUUUUUUUUUCAGGAAACUAAACCUUCAUUAAUAAUAAAUAAAUACAAUAAACUAC